AUGCAAACUCAGGGGAACAGCUCGCCGCCUUGUCCAGGGAGCUUGGAUGCCGCCGUUACUGAGAAGCCUCAGCCUUUUCCUCUGCUCUCUUCCUAUCUCAUUGACAGUAUCUUGGGGCGCACCAGCCGGCCUGUCAAACGGGAAGAUGCUCGCUCACCUGGCGUCAGAAACCUCCAGGGGGAAACCGAGGAAAAUGCGGAUCAUUCGGCAGGCAUCAGGAACCAAGAACGGGGUUGGCUUCAACACACAAGCUCGGGACGAGGGGCAGUCAAGGGCGAUGAAUUUCUUUCGAGCGAAACGAAAACCGAUCCCAGCCCCGUGCCGGCACAGGGGGAGCGACGGUGCGAUGUGAAGCUUUUACCACCGGUGGAAAACGCUUUACCUUCGAUGUUAGGGGAACGGGGUGCGAAGACUUGUGGGGAGAGAGAAAAUGUCUCGGAAAGCCAGUCACUGGGAACGGGAGCUGAUGAGGAGAGGUCGAAAGAAGUCGCGGAUCAGAGGGAGUGUGUCGGGGAAAGCACCAAUCUUCAGUACUUCCCUUGCGUUAGUGAACAGGAGGACGGGUCUUUCAAACGGAAGCAGCGUCGCUACAGAACUACCUUCACUAACUUUCAGCUGGAGGAGUUGGAGAGAGCUUUCCGGAAAACCCACUACCCCGAUGUCUUCACAAGGGAAGACCUGGCAAUGCGACUCGAUUUAACCGAAGCACGGGUCCAGGUGUGGUUCCAAAACCGCAGAGCCAAGUGGAGGAAGCGUGAGAAGGCGGGAAGCCUGAGCCAUCCGCACGGCUUGUCUCUGACCAGCCCGCUGGGGCUCUACCUAGACGUGCCAUUGGCCCAGUCCACUGGCUUGGAGUCGAGCUGGAGGUCAUCAUCCAUCCCUGCUCUCUCCGCGGCAACAGGCACCAACGCCUACAGUUCAGCAGCCCAGCUAGGAAUCAGCACCUUCAUCGGGACUACUUUCUUCAGACACCCAUUACUCAACCCACACUUUGGAAGGUUCUUCACAACAAUGAAUCCUCUGAUGGCGACAUCCCUGAUUGUGAAGCCUUCAGUCUCUGCAGUUGACCCCGGUGUCUUUCCACCUCACUCACAUUCGACAGCCAUGGACAGAAAGUCCAGCAGCAUCGCCAGUCUGAGACUGAAAGCUAAAGAACAUGCGACACACAGCCCUCCCAUCAGCUUACUCCCUAAUCUGACAAAUACAGGCAAACAGGUCUGUUAA